GGGGGGGGCCGGGCUCCGCGCCCCGCUGACAUCACCCGCCCGCCGCCCGCCUUUUAGCGCAGGGUCGGGGUCCCCGCGGGGCAGAGCGCCGGUCCCUCGCCGAGCAUCGCCCUCGCUCCGUCCGCAGCCGCUUGUCUCCCAGCACCGCAGCCAUGGCAAACGUAGGGCCAGCCUAUGGCAUGAGCAGGGACGUGCAGUCCAAGAUCGAGAAGAAGUACGACGAUGAGCUGGAGGCCCGGCUGGUGGAGUGGAUCGUGGCGCAGUGCGGGGAUUCUGUGGGGCGCCCCGAGCGCGGCCGCCUGGGCUUCCAGGUCUGGCUGAAGAACGGCAUCGUGCUCAGCAGGCUGGUGAACAGCCUCUACCCCUCUGGCUCCAAGCCCGUCAAGAUCCCCGACGCGCCACCCACCAUGGUCUUCAAGCAGAUGGAACAGAUUGCCCAGUUCCUGAAGGCGGCCGAGGACUAUGGAGUGGUGAAGACAGACAUCUUCCAGACCGUGGACCUGUUUGAAGCCAAGGACAUGGCAGCGGUGCAGAGGACGCUGAUGGCCCUGGGCAGCCUGGCAGUCACCAAGAACGACGGCAACUACCACGGGGACCCCAACUGGUUCAUGAAGAAAGCUCAGGAGCACAAGCGGGAGUUCACCGAGAGCCAGCUGAAGGAGGGCAAGAACAUCAUCGGGCUACAGAUGGGCAGCAACAAGGGAGCGUCACAGGCGGGCAUGAGCUACGGCCGGCCCCGGCAGAUCAUCAGCUAGGCUCUGCCGCGCCGCCCCCAGCCCUCCCCAGCCGGGACCUCCGUCUCCGCUCCCCGGCCCAGCGCCGCCGCCCGUCCAUUGGUAUUUAUUGAGGAGCAGCCGCCCGCCCGCCGCAUCGCCCCGCCAGCGGCAGCACGAGCCCCGCCGCAGCCCCGGCCCGGGGCCGUGCCCCCCGCGCCGUGCCCCGGGCAGCCCCCGCAGCCCCGGCCUCGCACCCCCAGCGCUGAGCCCCGGGCAGCCCCCGCAGCCCCGGCCUCGCACCCCGCCGCCAGCCGGCCCUGCCCCGGCCGGAGCCCUCGGGAGGGACCCGGGAGCGCCGCCCGCACCUGCCCCCGCCACCGCCGCAGAGAUCCCUGCCACGGGGAGAAGAGAGAAUCGGCCUCGGUUUUGUACUUGGUUUUUGUCAAAAUUAAAAGGUUCUAUUCAUCGAG